GUAGCUUCCGCAGUCUUCUUUGUUCUCACUUUGGGAAGGUGUAUAACGAAAUGCACAUGCACGGCUAACCAAACUCCGCUAUUCCUUUUGUCUCUUGAGAGUCCUCAUGCCGUUGUUCUCUCUCGUACUGCUGUGUUCUACCGUUUCCGUCUUAAUAACGUCUCUCUGCUCCCAGCCAGGAGCUCUGUGGUCGGUCUAUUUUGGGCGGCCGUCCAUUAAGUCUUCUUGGAUUUCCUUUUCCAGUCAAACCUUGCCUCGCGCAGUAUCCGCCUCUUCUCCCACUCGAAAGCCGGAUCUGUUCAUGAAUUCAUUUCUCUCCAAACCGUUAAACCUCGGGAAUAUAUAGAUCUUCGACGAAGAUGCUUGAGGCUUCUCAGGAUCCUGAUGAAAAGAUUCGCACUGCCCCCCUGCAU